CCCAGUGAAGCAAUAGAAAGCGCCAGCAAGAGCACAAGCGCCGACAAAAACUUUCAUCGCCGGCAUCGCUAAAAUAGACCAUAGUAAUAAAAAGGAUUUUGUACUUUCAGUUCUUAGUUUUAUCUUAUAGACGCCAAAGCAUUCAGCACCAUGGACAGCGUCCGCGCAGCGGUUUACCUGAGCGUUUUCCUCUCGCUACUGUGCGUCUGCAGGGGUCAGAUGUCACUGGACAACCGACUGACCGAACAAGAGGAGCAGUUCAUCAAAAGAGACCUGGCUGAGGCGCUUGAUGAACUUCUGGAUGGAGAUCAGGACAAUCGGAUAUCUGUGGAGAAAAAAGCUAGCGUCAUUCCACGGUGUGAUGUUGGAGAGCGCUGCGCUAUGAAGCACGGACCGCGCAUCGGGCGACUAUGUGAUUGUAUGCGAGGAACAGCCUGCAAUACUUUCUUCUUGCGCUGCUACUGAUGGAGCUCGCCGCCAACUCUCCCCUCUCUCAGGCACUGUGCUAAGAAACCCGUGACAGCAAUGCUUGGGACACUUGGUUUAAGAUUUAACGGUUUAAUUCUACGCGUGAAA